AUGACUUCUCACGGCUGUUUCUACUACCCUCCGGGAGUAAAUCGCUACGGCAAGACCUACCUUCCCCAGGUGGGGCUCAACGUCCAUGCGGCCGUGCUGUCUUCCUCCUCUCGAACUGUUUUUACCCAAACAUAUGUGAACCCCUCAUCAAAAGACCCCAUCUCUGAAGUCCAGUACUCCUUCCCAUUAUAUGAGAGCUCCAGCAUCGUCGGCUUUACCUGUCAUGUUGGCGAGGAAGUGAUCAAAGGCAUUGUCAAACCCCGAAAGAAGGCGGACGAGGUGUACCAGGAAGCCAAGGCCAAAGGUGAGACAGCUGCCAUCUUUGACCAGUCACUUGACGCGGCCGAUGUCUUCCAGACUCGCGUCGGGAACCUGCCGGCUGGCGGAAAAGUCGUGAUUGAAAUCACACUCGUUGCCGAGUUGAAGCAAGAUGCCCAGACCAACGGACCACGAUACACAAUCCCCGUCAGUAUCGCCCCGCGAUAUGGUGCUAUGCAGGAUAAUCCACUGUUCCCAAUCGACUCUUCCACUUCAAAAGAGGGUCAACUUUCUGAAACAUCAAUCAAAGUGGAUGUGGUCAUGGAAAAGGAGUCCCAUAUCUGCAACGUUCGAUCUCCAAGCCAUCCCAUCGAGGUCGAGCUGGGCCGCGCUUCCUUCAUGUCCGAGUCGACAUUCGAGCCUUGCUUUGCAUCAAUCAACCUGCGCAAGAAUGUUGUCAUGCAAGAAGAUUUUGUCUUGACCAUCAAUGCCACCAAGCAAGAUCUACCGUGUGCCUUCCUGGAAACACACCCGACGAUCGAAAACCAGCGGGCACUGAUGGUCUCGCUCAUCCCCAAAUUCGGCCUGCCGCCCGAUGCCUCUGAGAUCAUCUUCGUGAUCGACCGAAGUGGAAGCAUGGAAGAUAAAAUCCCCACGCUCCGAUCGGCCCUGGAAGUAUUCCUCAAAUCGCUUCCGAUUGGAAUUCAUUUCAACAUCGUAUCCUUCGGCUCCGGACACGAUUCAUUGUGGCCCCACAGCAAGCCCUGCGACAAAGAAAAUCUCGCGCAAGCCCUCCAACUCAUACGAAGAGUCCAGGCUGACUAUGGCGGUACCGAAAUUUUGAGUGCCCUUAAAUCCGCCGUGGAUAUGCGCUACAAAGAUAAGAUGCCUGAGAUCUUGCUGUUGACCGAUGGACAAGCCUGGAAUCAGGAAGAGAUGUUCGCCUUUGUGAAGAAGGCAAAUGAGGAAGUUUCCGCUAGAUUCUUUUCUCUUGGAAUCGGGGAUAGUGCUUCCCAUUCGCUCAUCGAAGGCAUUUCCAGAGCUGGUAUGGGCUUUUCUCAAUCAGUUCUCAACUAUGAGGAGCUUGACAAGAAAGUUAUCCGCAUGCUCAAGGGUGCUUUGAUGAGCCGACUCUACAACACUACUCUGGAUAUGAAGUUGCCUCAGGGCGCGGAAAGCGGUGACUUUAUCGAGAUCGAAGCGCCAAAGCUAAGCGACGACAGGGAGGGAACAACAGCAGAAAAUACGCAUCCAGUCUCGCUCUUCAACGAAAACUACGAGGAGUCUGAAGGUGUUGGCAAAGUGGACCAGCCACUUCCGAAACUGAGUGUUCCGAGCAUCAUUCAGGUACCGACUGAUCUCCCUCCCCUGUUCCCGUUCAUUCGGUCAACCGUCUACGUUCUGCUCUCACCGGAUGCUCCCUCAAUCCCGGAGCGAAUCACUCUUCGUGCUGAGAGCAAGAACGGUCCCUUGGAGUUGGACAUCCCCGUCCAGGAUGCAGGCAAACGCGAGACAAUUCACCAGCUCGCGGCAAAAAAGGCAAUGAGCGAAUUGGAAGAAUUUCGUGGUUGGAUUUCCGUUGCGAAGGAUACCCAAGGUGAAUUGCUAUCAACAAAGUGGGAAAGCAGGAUGGGAGAGAUUGUUCAAGCAGAGUGUGAAAGACUAGGUGUCAAGUUCCAAAUUGCUGGUAAGCAUUGCUCGUUCGUGGCAGUGCGAGACAACAAAGGUAUGGAAAGUUUCGUUCGCCGUGUCCGGGCCUCGCGAUUUUACUAUAAUUCCGAUAGUGAAGAAGAUGAAGAAGAGUCCGAAGAGGGCGAUUUUGUGAGCCGUCCUCGAGCCCAUCGUGGCGGUGGCCAAUUUUUCGAGGAAGAAGCUGGGAUUUCGGAGGAUGAAAGUUCGGCUGGGUUUGAUUCUGAUGACAACGGAUCCGGGGCUAAUAACUUCCUUAAAGCAGAUUCGACGGACUCCUCCAACGAAGACAUGACUUUUGACGCUGGUGAUCAAGCUGCAAGCAGCAUGCAGAGUCUCUAUAAGCAUCAGAUGUAUCACUCGGGCCCGUCAGCUCCCCCUGUACGUGCCAAGAGGAGGAAGGUGAAAAGGAAAAUGGCAAUGGCUUCCUCUCAAACGGUCAUGGCUCCUGCCCCCGCCUGCCCUUCCGCCCCCAUCCAGUUGAUGUCAGCAUCGUUCAAUCUAGAUACAAGUCUUCCCGAGGAAUUUGGUGCCAUGGACGAGCCUCCGAUGCCGACCUCGCCCUUGCAAAAGCUGGUUUAUCUGCAGCAAUUCGAAGGGUAUUGGAAAUGGAGCGAUGACCUUCUCCAGACAAUUGGUCUUGAUGCUGCAAGUACUAAACAGAAGGCCGAGGCUGAAUACAAGGCUUUGGCGAAUGAUGACUCUGAUGUUUGGAGCCAUGCUAGCUGGGAAGAAAUUUUUGCCACUUGUCUGGUUGUGCGGUACUUGGAAACACAGCUCGCGGACUCCGAAGAUGUUUGGGAGCUUCUUAAGGAGAAGGCCGACGCCUGGACGGCGAAUUCGGUCGGUUCCGUCGAUGAAAAGUAUCAGCCUGUGCUAAAGGAGCUUAUUGGGAAACUGCAGUUGCUUUUCUGA